GUUAAGUUUACGAUGGACAGCUCAGUAUGUUUGUUUACAUACUUAACUGUCUUACUAAUUUGUAAUGUAGAAAGUUCAUUUUUUCCAUAUGUAUAUCCUAGAAUUAAUUUACAAUCUAAAAUGAACAAGAUUUCUGGUGAUGCCUUAAUACUUACCCCUUAUUUGGAGCGUCAGGAAAUUGAUUUGGCACGGAAUCUCUCCUUUGUUCAACUAACAGAGAAAAUGGGCUUCUCGAGUCAUGCUGGUUUCUUUACUGUCGAUAAGAGGUAUAAUUCAAAUUUAUAUUUUUGGUACUUUCCUGCUUUUAAUAAAAAUAAAGCAGCACCUGUCGUUCUGUGGCUGCAGGGAGGUCCUGGAGGCAGUUCACUGUUUGGACUAUUUACUGAAAAUGGACCCAUAAUUGCCAAAAAAGGAGGCUUUGCUCGAAGGAAAUAUCACUGGGCUGUAGAAAACCAUUUAAUUUUUAUUGACAACCCAGUGGGAACAGGAUUUAGUUUCACAAAUGACAGUAAAGGAUAUUGUGAAGAUGAAGGAUGUAUUGCUAAAGGGCUCUAUGAGAGUUUGCAACAAUUCUUUACUUUAUUUCCAAACUUGUUUGAUAAUGAUUUUUAUAUUACUGGAGAAUCAUAUGCAGGAAAGUAUAUACCAUCAUUAGGGCUACAUAUACAUCAAAGAAACAUGGUAUCAAAACAAAAGAUUAAUUUAAAAGGAAUGGCAUUGGGUAAUGCUUAUUGUGACCCAAUUAAUCAACUAGACUAUGGAAGUUAUCUGUAUCAACAUGGAUUGAUUGAUUUGAAUCAGCAGGAUGUAUUUUAUCAAAUGCAAUCAAAUAUAACUAAGGAAAUAAGGAAUCAGAAUUGGCUCAACGCUGGCAUUCUCAUGGAUCAAUUAAUGGAUGGAGACAUCUCAAACUUUUCAUACUUUAAAAACUUCACAGGUUUUCAAACAUAUUACAAUUUCUUGAUGAUUAACAAUGAAAUAGAUAUACCUGUGUUUAAAGACCUUAUCAACAAUGAUAAAGUAAGAAAAAGCAUUCACGUAGGUAACCUGCCAUUUCAUGAUGGAAAGGAAGUAGAAAUUUCUCUAGCAGCUGAUAUUUUGCAAUCUGUAACAGCUGAAAUAUCACAGCUUUUAUCACAUUACAAGAUAUUAUUCUAUAAUGGACAAUUAGAUAUUAUUGUUGCUUAUCCCUUAACAGAAAACUUCUUGCAACAUUUAGAUUUUUCUGCUUCUAAAGAAUAUAAAACAGCUGUAAAGAAAAUCUGGAGAGUUGGAGAUGAUAUUGCAGGAUAUUACAAAAAGGCAGGAAAUUUGACAGAAGUUUUAGUGCGAAAUGCAGGACAUAUGGUGCCAGGUGACCAACCAAAGUGGGCAUUUGACCUUAUAUCUCGAUUUAUAAAAAACAAACUGUAAAACUAUUCCUAUUAUAAUUAUUUAAAUUUCAGAGGAUUAGCCUCAUUAAUAUCUCUAUAAAAUAUAAUUCUGAUCAGUAAAAUUUUAUUUUAUUUA